AUGGAAUUAGCGUCUGGAAAAGUAGUUCAAGGUUGCUCCAACGCAAGCAAUCCUUUCCAUGAGUGUACUGUUCUAUGUUUCGAGAGAUUAAACUCUAAAGAUGUUCACAAGAAGGAGAAAACCCUAUUUGGGUUUGGUAAGAGAACUCCAAGUAGGGACACUCCUCCUGGCAGUCCAGCUCCCGCUCGUGGAAGCAGAUCGCCUCUAGCCAGCUAUUUUACCAAGAAGAAGGUUGAGUCAGAAAAUUCACCUUCCCAUGAUUACACCAAUGGUAACUUCUUCAGUCGUCUUUCCCCGUUACAAGGACGCUCGUCCCAACCCAAGAACGAGCCUGCAAACAACGUGGACUCGCUCCCCAUGUCGCCUUCUCUGGCUGGAUAUUCAGGGGGAGACUUUUUUGCAAGGAGGACUGAUCAGCGUGGAGGCGAGGAUGAUGAUAUAUCACCAAGGGCGUUUGGAAUCCGGCCUAAGACGCCUGAACACCCACUUAGGUCUCCUCAACAUAGGCCUCGCACACCCCAACACCGCUCUAAUAUUAAGCCGUUGGCACAACAAGAGGAUCCUAUUUCACUAGAAACUAAGCCAAGGACUCCUGAACGUGGAUCCAGCACCUAUGAUACUAGGCCGAGGACACCUAUACAUGAGUCUGUUGCAACAGAAAGGAGACCCCAAACUCGUGAAACUAGGCCGAGGACUCCUGAACGCGGAUCCAACACCUAUGAUACUAGGCCAAGGACACCCAUACAUGAGUCUGUUGCAGGAAGGAGGCCUCAAACACCAGAAACUAGGCCGAGGACUGCACAACAUUGGGGGAGGUCACCAGAGUUCAUGGCAAGAUCCACAGAGCCAAGGUCCAAGACUCCAGAGCCUCAACCUACCUACUUUGAACCAUUUUCAAGGGCUCCAAAACAGCGGUCCAAGACGCCUGAACCCAGCCCUAGGAUUUUUCAAACUCAGCCCAUAUCCCACAGAUCCCUUGACAAUGCUGCUCUUCAAACGCCUCGGACAGUUGAAACUAGGCCUAGGACGCCGGAACACCAGCCCAGGACCGUGGAAACAAGGCCAAGAAUACCUGAAAGUCAGCCAAAGACUGCAGCUUAUAGAGGAAGAUCACCUGAUCUCAGGGAAAAGAUUUCACAAACUCAACAAACUUGCUUUGAGAUGGAUCAAAGAUCAUCUCAGGCUUACAAUUAUCUUGGGAGCAUAGCUGAGUCGAUCUACAUUGAGAACGACGAUGAAUCAGUGCUAAUCUAUCCAGAAGUUAUUUUGUCACCUCAAGAAAAGCCACUCUCUAGACCCAUUACGCCUAGUCGCCGCGGAUAUGAAACACCCACCAAACAGGAAGAACAUUUUGAUCAACUUGACGAGUCUGCGAGCUCAGAUGACGAUAAAUUUUCAUUUGUGGAUGAGCACGACGAUGACUCUAUUUGGCUUUUCCCUGAAAUCACACCGAAAUCUGGAAGCAACACGCCUGUUCAUCACAAAAACCGUAAAUCGCAUUGCCAACAAGAAGAACAAGAUAAGCAAAACAACGAGCCUCCGGAGCUACCAGAUGAAUCACAGAGCUUCAGUCUCAUAGAAAUCUCCAAAAUGAAAGGAAUAAUCAAGAAGAAUGAAACAAAGGACGAGAUACAGUCCAUUCUAUCUGAGUCUUACGUUUCCGUGGGAGACUACAAAGUCAGAGCGAGCUUCUCGGCUACUCUUCAGCUCAUCCUCGACAAGCACGGCAACAUUGCAUCCGGUUCUAAACUACAAUCUCUUACGACGCGAUCCUACUACCUGGACAUGCUUGCCUCGGUGGUUUUCGAACUCCAAACAACGCCUUUAAAACAUCUCAAGGAAACCCGCGCGGUGGAAAUGCUAGCGAUUGUUAGAGACGUUGAGUCCGUGAAAAUCAAAGCAGAUUGGCUCAAACCCGUGUUGGAAGAGAUCGUAGAGGCCGUUAAACACUACGAUAAACACGAAAUGAGAAUGAUGGAGAAAGAGGUGUGGGAGAGGGAUGUGUUGCUGGCCAGACAAGAAAUGGAGAAACAGGGGAAUGGGCUUAGAGAGAAAGAGAAGAAGAUGAAGGAAUGGAGAGAAAGAAUGACGGAGAUGGCUGGGAAGUUGGGGAAUCUUGAUAUGAGAAAAGCUCGUCUCGACAAGAACUUGGCGUUUCUGAGUUCCAAGGUUGACAAGUUUGAAGGGAAAUCUGUUCUUCAAGGCAUCUUGUGA